AUGUCGAAGAUCUCCAAGGUCAACCAUGCGGCGGGCAUCUUCGCUGACAUCUCCGUCGAUGGCCCCAUUAUCGGCACCUUGGUCGCAAUCAUCGACCGAGCCAAGAACCUACCAAACCGAAAGACCAUGGGCAAGCAGAAUCCCUAUGCUGCAGCACGAUUGGGCAAGGAAGCAAAGAAAACACAAACAGAUUUGCGAGGAGGACAAACUCCUAGAUGGGACUCGGAACUCCGAUUUACCGUCCAUGAAUCCCCCGAUUACUUUAAGCUAAAGGUCUCCGUGUUCAAUGACGAUAAGAAGACAGACAUGAUCGGCGAGACGUGGGUCGAUUUACAAAGCUUGAUCAUUCCGGGUGGAAGCCAGAAUGAUCACUGGCACCCACUUCAAUACCGUGGGAAAUAUGCAGGAGAUAUCCGAAUUGAAAUGACCUACUACGACACCAGACAACAAGACGAGGUCCUGAUUGGACGCCGACAAGAAGCUGCUGACAGGGUCCAAGGCAAAGUCCUUAGUACUCCAAGCAGUACGGGCUUGUCUGGUCCUCGGCAAUUGAAAGAUGUCAAGCGACGACCCUUGCCCAGUGGUCCUGCAGGGGUCCCGGCAAGACCAGCUCCUCUAGAACAAGCCCACUCUGCGCCUCCACUUCACCACCCGGCCCCGUCGAGACCCGCCCUGCCUGAACAUUCAAACACCGUAUCUGGUGCUCCGGACGCCAUCUCCUACGCCCCGAGACAUUCAGAGCCUGCUUACGAUGCGUCGUCUUACCGCGCACCUUCUCCUGUCCCGCCCCCUCCCGGGCUGCAGCAGCAGCAACAGCAACUGCGGAAUCAUCCCGAGUAUGAUCAGCCACCUUCGAGAGACUAUCGCCUCGCCAGGCAAAGUCAGUACGAGGCAGACCCACAUGAGCAAGUGCCAUACCAUUCCACGCAUCAAGAUCUCUACUCUCAAAUAGAGCAACCCCGAUACGAUCCAGACCCUAUGUCAUAUGGGGCAACGCAUGCACACGAGUUACCAGCUUCGGACUUUAUGCCUUCCUCUUUAGGGCCAGUGGAUGACCCACGGUACCAUCCACACCGAGUUCGACCUCUACAAAUCACUGCUCAUGGUCAUAACUACCACCCAGAGUAUGCCGGAAUGCAACCACGGGUAGAGGAUGAAGAUGAUGAUGGACCGCCCCCUCCUCCACCGGCACACCGGUCACAAAGGCCGCACUCUCAGCUGCCUACGCCGAAAACAUCGCCCCACCCCUAUGCAUCCUACACACCCCCAUCUACUUCUCGAUCCUCAGUUCCCCAUCUGCCAUCGAGCAUAUCUACCGCGUCUCACCGAGAUCGUUAUCAGGAGCCUUCGUCAAUGGGGAGCUCCCCAGCCAUGCCCGCAAGCCUCGUCGCAGGUUAUGAACCGGAAGACUCAUCUGAGAGAGCAGCAGCACUCGAGCGAUCAGUCCGCAAACGCAGCACCCACUGGGAUGAUGAAAUGAUGAUUUCCCAGUCGCCUGAACCAGUUCCUGUAUCAGCACCCGCCCACUAUGAUGCUCCUGUCUACCCUCUGCGAACAUCCCCCCGACCUAUUGAACAAAGACCCACUUCCAGCAGAGGUGGAUCUGUCAGCCCUGAUAUGCGGGCUGUGACCCGGAAGUCAGUCAGUCCGCGGCCCUCUUCUUCAGACGUCCGUGGUGGAUCUUCAAUCCCUUUCUCUCCCGACUCCUACAUCUCUCUAAACCCGAAUGCCUCUCACACUCCCAGCCGAGAUCCUUCCCCGGCAUACGACUCGCCUUCGCAAGCUAGAGAUGCCGUGAUACGUGGAAAGACUGAACCCCAUCGAGACAUGGAUCACCCAAUUAUCGGGGAUGAUGGUCGUGAGAUUGACCCCUCUGACCAUCUUCCCACUGAUACAUGGGCGCCCGAACCAGAAAGGAAGAACCGCAAGCCCGAGGUUAUCAUCCGCUUCAAGCACUCGUCCCGGCCAACUUCCAGAGGCAACGACACCCCCUCAUCACGCAGCACAGGCCCGCCACGCGUCGGGUUCAGAACAGAGACCACUACCUAUCCGUCGGAUCGCUCAGUCCAGUACACACCCACCCAUGUGAACGCGAGUCCAGGAUCAAUGGUUCGAACUCCAGCUCGGCCGGACUAUGCGCGUGAACGCUCUGACAGCUAUACGCAAAGUCGGGUCUACAGCACGCCCACUUCGGUUGAGCGGCCGCGCUCUUCUCGAGGCUCUGUCUCGCCAUCUCCGGGGUCUCGUACGCCACUGUAUGACUACAGUCCAGGUCCCCCGAUUCCAAACAAGGUGCCAAUCACUGGAGGAAGCCCAGGCUAUCCCGUCAUGUCUGGCAAUCCAAAUGGAAACAUCCGCAUGGAUGCCCUGAGUCGAGAGCUGAGUACGAUUGACAUUGGCUCUGCGGCGUGCAGCCCUAACCGGGGGGCUGUUCGAAAGUACGUACCAAGACAACCAGCGUCAAUGGGCUACGCUAGGUAA